AUGGCGUCACUCACGCCGCGACACAGGUGGAUGGUGUCGCAAGUUGUUUCUUCUUUUGACUUAACGGAGUUCGAACCCCUUGUUGAAAGCAAUUUUAGAGAGCAGUUUGCCUCGAAAGUCGAUCCAUUCCUAAAAGGAACUUCAGAAACACAGCAUUUACUUUUUUCGUAUCAAAUCAAAAGCGGCUCCUCAGCCGCACAGUCAGAUAUUCCAGGAAAGCUAACCUGCUCAGAAGGAGUUUCAGAGGAACCCGGCUGUAAACAUGUUUACUUCAUUCGAACGAUUCCCUUCGGGAAAUCGCUCAAUCUGAACACAGCAGCAGACACUGAGCUGCUCUUCGGCGAACUCCCAGAGUCGCCUCUUCAGGGUCUCCACACCACAUUGUCGAGCAUCUUCCUUCCUGCAGUGGAGCAUUUCGAUAACUCUGACUGGAAGAAGUGUCCUCAAGAACAGCGUAAUGAACUCCUUUCAUGUACUCGUACUUUCUGCAAAGAGCUGGGAGAUGCAAUUGAUUCCCUUGCUCAUGGCAUUCAGCUAAGGAAGCCAGAUCCAAGGUUCUCUCUAGCUGAUAUAAAGAGAGAUUACACUGCUUCUGCCAAGGACCCAGACGUGGUGGAACACUUUGAGGAACUAUUAGACGAUUGGUGUCGGCAGAUUGAGAAAUACCUGGGAACUUCACUGGAAAAGGGAGUGACGACUGGAGUUUCCCCCAAGUCGCGCCAAGCAGUUUUCCACACUCUUCGGCGGUGCAAGCUGCUUGAUGUCGCCAUUACCGAGGCCUUCAACGAAGCCAAGGAUAAUGUGAAGUAUCUAACAACGCUGGAAAGAUUCGUAGAUCCUCUGUACUCGGGAACCCCCGCAAGCAUCCUUGAAAGCCUCAGCCCGCUUAUGAGCGCGAUAACGAUGAUUUAUUCUAUAUCGCGGUACUAUAACACAACGGAGCGCAUGGUUGCCUUCUUCGCAAAAAUAUCCAAGCAGAUGAUAACGAAUUGCCGAUCGUGGCUUACGGGUGGCCAGCACCACGAAGCGCUGUGGGAGCGGGAACCCGCUGUUAUCAUCCCCAUGUUGGAGUACUGUUUAAUGCUUAACAACGAAUACCAUGAACAGUACCGGGCUACCCGGGAAAACCUGAUAGAAGUCCCAAAGGGGAAGCAGCUGGACUUGUCUGAACAAGAAAUCUUCGGCAGGAUGGACUUGUUCUGCAGGAGGCUUCAGAAGCUGAUAACCAUGAGAUUCGAAGGGAUGGAUGUAUUUGUGGAUCGUUUUAAGUCUAUUUUUAAUGACUUUAAAGUCAAGCGCCAUGACCUCCUAGACUUCUACAACAACCGCUUUGACCGAGAUUUUGUAGAGUUUUCCGUUCGUAUUUCGAACUUGGAGAGCGACAUGCUGCCACAGAUAAACAUGAUAUUCGAGACAACUUCGUCAAUCGAUGAAUCGCUGAGGCUGCUCCAAAAGCUGCAGGAAACCGUCUACAGCGAAGGCCUCAAGGCAGAGUUGAAAGGCAAAAUCAGCCUGAUUAUUCAUCGCUACAGCAUUGAACUCGUCCAGAUUCAAGAGGAAUACGAACGGCGCAGGACCACCCCGCCACCGAGCAAAGACAUGCCGCCCAUUCCUAACAAUAUUAUAUGGGCUCGGGAUCUGUUGAAGAAGAUUGAGGAUCCCAUGAAGCAGUUUCAGCUGUAUCCGUCUGCUCUAGCAACAAAAGAGGGAAAACGCACAAUCAAGCUAUACAACAGAGUGGCUGAGACGCUAGUUGAAUACGAACUGAGGUGGCAUCAAGCAUGGACUGAUUGCGUUCAAGCCACAGCCGACUGUUUGAACAGUAACCUCCUUGUGAGGAACCCAAGUACGGGAAAGUUGUCGAUUAACUUUGAUAGUGAUAUUUCACGGUUAAUUCGGGAGGCGAAAAUCAUGGAGAGGAUGGAAAUGGAGAUACCCGAUAGCGGCCGUAUAGUUUUCCUGAGGGGGAAUAAACUCAAGUGGUGUUACGACGAGCUGAAGUUCAUUCUCGAUGAAUACCAAAGGGUAUCUUCAGCAAUUCGACCGGUCACAGCAGGCCUCCUACAAAGGCAUCUUGACAAUUUUGAGAAGCACCUUAAUCCAGGUUUGCAUAGUUUAACGUGGGCUUCUCUAAACAUUGAAAGCUUCUUGCAGUCUUCAACCAGUGCUUUGGAGAAGCUGGACCUGCUGGUUGUGACAGUUAAUGACAUUGUGGAGAACAGGAUUGAGAAUAACAUAAAGUCUUUGGGUGAAACUCUCCUAGUCGAUCUACCCGCCCCAGGGGAGGUAAUAUCUCUCAAUCGAUUUGUCGAGAUGCAAGAGCAUCACGUUGCCAAGUCAGCUGAGCUCCUUAAUGCACGCUCUCUGGAGAUCGAGAAUGCCGUCAGAGACCUGCUGGAAGUUAUUAACAAGCAGGUUACGGAGCACCAGGGUGAUCCUAUUGUUUAUAAGGAGGAAGCUGAAAAAAUUAAUUCCCAAUACGAAUGGAACCUGUACAAGGCCAUUCUGCUUGCCACCCGAAGGUCCUUUGACUUUCUGAGGCGCCACAUGUACUCUGCUCAACAGGGUUCAGGGGCAUCUAAAGCUCCUGUGAAUGCCAUAUUUGAAGUGGACAUUCAACUGGACGGCACGGGGGUGCGGCUUCACCCGUCCAUCGACGAGUUUCAAGAAGCUAUAAACCGCUCAGCAGUUGCUGUCCUCAACUGUUCAAAGUGCAUUCGGCAGUGGGGUACGGACGAUAAAAAAAGUGGGGAGGAAACCCCUGCUUCGUCCAGGCCUAACGGCUUUAGUUCGCGCAUUAAAGACGAAAGGGAUAUACAGAAGGUCCUGCUGGGAUUUUUCGGGUCUAUUCAAAACAUUCGAGAUGAAGUGGCCAAGUAUCUUGUCAAAUUUGAUGUGUUCAAAUGGUUAUGGAUGGAGCCUUGCAAAGAUAACUACGUGGCCUUUGAGAAACAGAACCCGUCGUUGGAAGACUUUGAAAAGAAACUAAAGAGUUUCCAGGAAGUUGAAACUCAGCUACAAAAGAUGGAACAAGCCAAGCCCAUUGGAAUGCUCCUAAUAAACAGCUCCGCCCUGUACCCUCAGCUGAUAGAGCUAGCUCGCCGAUGGAAUAUUUAUUACCUCAGCAAGCUGCACGUUACUGCAAAGGAGCGCCUCGAAGCAUUAACGGAACAAAUAAGACAGGGGUCCAAGGGCCUGCACCGUCCAGUUACUGAUAUAGACGUAUUACGGCACGUUAUGGAUACACUCACAUCGAUAACGCAACAGGAGUCGGACAUAGAGGCACAAUUCGAACCCGUCUUUACGAUGUACAGUAUGAUAGAUCGGUACCUGCCUGGCAAUGUGACUCUCAUCGACAAGGAUGAACAAGACCAGAGGUUGCUUCUCCGCUCCUCGUGGUCAAAGCUGAUCGAGGAGGCGCAGGAAGCCCAAGCAAAUUUGCAGAAGAUGCAGUCUACAUACAAACGAGAGCUCAUUCUCAAUAUAAAUACGCUGAAAGCCGAUUCCAAGCAAUUCCGUGAAGACUUCGUCAAGAAUGGGCCUGCGUGUCCCGGCAUAAAACCUAGGGAUGCCGUAGAGCGAGUGAAACGGUUCAAGGCAGAAUGCGAUGUCCGAGCUCGCAAACAAGAGAUCUACCAUGCGGGAGAGGAACUUUUCGGCUUCCCCCAUCAGGCGUACCCAGAGCUCGAGCAAACAAAGAAGGAGCUAGCGAACUUGAGCCUUUUGUACGAUAUCUAUGUUCAAGUAGUAGAUACGAUUAAAGAGUGGAAGGACAUUUUGUGGGCAGAAGCCCCUCCCCAAAUUCCUUUCAUGACUGAAAGAAUUCAGUACUUUUCGGAUGCUUGCAAGCGGCUGCCCAAGCAGCUCAAGACGUCUGAUGCCUUUGCUGAAUUAAAGAAAGAAAUCGAUGAUUUCACAGAGGAUGACAUAUUCGACAUCUGCGAGUCAGCAGACAAGCAGCUGGUGAUCGAAGGAAAACUGAAGGACAUCGAAAACAUGUGGAAGUCGUGCAUGUUUGAAUUUGGCAAAUGGAAAACUCGUGACUACUACUGUAUCCUACAAGGAGGACGUGUGGCUGAGGUCCAGGAGCUACUUGAGGAGUCUCAAAUGACAUUAAACGCAAUGAAUGCCAUGCGUCAUGUCAUGCCAUUCAAGGAGAGGGUUGUGAACAUGCUCAGCACUCUCUCGGAUGUUGCAGGCAAGUUCUAG